CGCCCAUUUCCACGGUGUGGAAAUGCAAUAACAUCACAUCUUUCCAAAAAAAAAAUAUUUUUUGUAAUUGCAGAGCAGCAGAGCAGAGGGUUGUGACUUCACUGCGAUACCGAGGGGUGAGCCUGCGGAGGUAGCGUGGCCGAGCGGUCUAAGGCGCUGGAUUAAGGCUCCAGUCUCUUCGGGGGCGUGGGUUCGAAUCCCACCGCUGCCAGGCACAGGCUUUUUUUGUUACGCCUGCCUGCGCUGCGCCCGCCCAAGCGCUUUCCGGAGCUACUGCCUGCAGCGCCUCCUGCUGGCUCCAGACGGCAUGUGAGCCAGCGAGAGCGCCCUCUGCUGUCCGGAGCACGACAGUGCCCCCCCCCCCCCCCGCUGUCUCACGGCAUUGUGGGAAGGGACCCUGACCAGCUCCUCCCCACGUGUCUGGGAAGCUGCAACAUGGCAGCCGCCUGAACUCGCAGCCGCCGCAGAGGAAACACACCGGGCUGGGGUACAGGGGACACCCGCCGUGAGCUGCCUGCCUGAAGGGAGACCACUCGCCGGGGGACUGUCUGUGUCCGUGCAGGUGUGGGCACUGAGCCAGCCCCUCCACCCCUCCAGAGGACAGCUGCCAGUCCCUGCCCUCGCCAUGGCCAGUGAGGAUGACGACCCCAUCGUACAAGAGAUUGAUGUUUAUCUGGCCAAAAGCCUUGCUGACAAGCUCUACUUAUUCCAGUAUCCAGUGCGCCCUGCUACAAUGACCUACGAUGACGUUGCUCAUUUAUCUGCAAAAAUCAAGCCCAAACAGCAGAAGGUGGAGCUGCUCAUGGACAGGCAGACGUUCUCCUCCAUCCAGGCCACUAACGGCACCUCCCGCUACGCCGCAGCUGUCUUCCACAGAGGGGAGCUGCACCUAACACCCCUUCACGGGAUCCUUCAGCUGCGCCCCAGCUUCUCCUACCUGGACAAGGCCGACAGCAAGCACCGCGAGAGAGAGGCGGCCAACGAAGGCGGAGACUCGUCCCAGGAUGAAGCCGAGGAGGAUAUCAAGCAGAUUACGGUCCGGUUCUCCCGGCCCGAGUCCGAGCAGGCCCGCCAGCGUCGCAUUCAGUCCUACGAGUUCCUGCAGAAGAGGCAGGCCGAGGAGCCCUGGGUGCAUCUGCACUACUACGGCCUGAAGGACGGGCGCUCGGAACACGAGAGACAGUACCUGUUCUGCCAGUGCAUGGGCACGACGGAGAACACCGAGCUGGUGAAGACGCCCAGUGAGUACCUGGCCAUGCUCAUGCCCCCAGCUGUGGAAGCAGAAGUGGCGCAGCCGGUCACUCCCAGCAACGUGCUGUCCAUGGCCCAGCUGAGGACCCUGCCGCUGGUGGAGCAGGUGAAGACUCUCAUGAAGAAUGUGAAGGUCAUGCCCUUUGCUAACCUGAUGGGGCUGUUGACCCCCGGCACAGACUCCACCGCAGUGCUGCGCUGUGUCCAGCAGGUGGCAAUGUUGGUCCAGGGGAACUGGGUUGUGAAGAGCGAUGUGUUAUACCCCAAGGACACCUGCAGCCCCCACAGCGGUGUGCCGGCGGAUGUGUUGUGCCGCGGCCGGGACUUUGUGCUGUGGAAGUUCACGCAGGAACGCUGUGUGGUGCGGAAGGAGAUUGCGGCCAUUGUGAAGCUGCCCCCGGAGGACGUGAAGGACUUCCUGGAGCAGAUGGCGGUGGCGCGCGUGAACCGCGGCUGGGAGUUCCUGCUGCCCAGCGACGCCGAGUUCGUCAGGAAGCACCCCGACGUGGCUCAGCGGCAGCACAUGCUCUGGCUGGGCAUCCAGGCCAAGUUGGAGAAGGUUUUCCAGCUCCCGAAGGAAAGCAUGAUGCCAAAGAAGCCAGAUUCCCAGCCAGGAGCGGUGCUGCUGAGCGGGGAGCAGCGGGUGCGCGCGGCGAGGGAGCGGGCGCAGGAGUGCCAGCCGGCGCUGGAGCGGGAGCUAGAGCGCCAGCGUGCCGCCGGGGCCGUGCGCGUCAAGGAGGAGCCACUGAGCGACGGCGAGGAGCCCAUGGACACCUCCCCGCCGGCCGCGCUCAGCAACGGCACGCCCAACGGCCUGCCGCGCCCGGACGAGGGCCCGCGGGACUCGGCGAACGGGCCCGGCCCGUCCCGGGAGCUCAGGGACUUUGUGAGCGCGACCUUCCGCAAGCACUUUGUCCUGACCCUCAGCGAGCUGAAGCGCCUCUUCAACCUGCACCUGGCCAGCCUGCCCCCCGGGCACAGCCUGUUCGCGGGCAUCUCGGACCGCCUGCUGCAGGACGCCAUCCUCCACAGCCGCUGCCGGCAGAUCCAGGUGCCUGUGAGUACUCCUGCCCUGGGCCCCCCCAGGCUCCGGGCCUUGGGCCAGCUCGGCCCUCCCGCUCCUGGUCUCCCCUCAGCCAGCAAGCAGAAGCUUGAGAGCACAGAAGCAGCUCUGUGUGCGGAGCUGGGAACACACCGGCAGCUCCUGCUGGAGCUCUUCUCCAAGAACUUCCGCGUGCGGAGGAACGCCAUCCAGACGCGGCUGGCCCAGGAGCUCGGGGACGGCGUCACCAAGGCGGACAUCGACAGGCUGCUCAAGGAGUGCUGCAUGAGCCACGGAGGGAUGUGGUACCUAAAGGGCACAGUGCCGUCCUGACAGCAGAGCCCAGAGGGGUGGGGGGGAGGGUCCAUCGGCCAAUCGCCUUCUGCGCAGCUUGGUGGGAGGAUCUCACUGGGACACACGGACCAAUCGCUGCCCUUCGACCCACAGCCUGCAGGGCGGGAGCUGGGGGAGCCUUGUGCCGGUCAUCCGCUCAGAUCAUUUCCAUUGUUGACGUGUUGAGUUCCUGGUGCGGACGUGUACCGCGCAAAGCAAGACCGCCGAGGCCCGAGGCGGGCCUUCGCCGUUGAGGGCGGUGGGCGUCGUUAGCGAAGAGCGACGGGCGUUUGUAACUGCGGCGGUAUCAACGGUUUAUAACGGGUUUUUUUGUUUUGGAGGAGGGCAGGGGAAGGUUUUUGUUUUGCGCUAUAACAUUUGACUUUUUCUAGAUUUUUUUUUUUCUAAAUGAAAGAAGUGAAUAAAGUAGAGCCCAUGAAAGAGAAGCCAUGCGUAGACUACCUGGGGUAGGGCCUUCAGGGAGACUCGGAGAGGCCAGAGUUGGGGUGAUAGUGUGUUACAGGAACGUCGUCCAAGUAGUGAUCUGGGGUUUUGCGAUGAGCCAGCUGGUUUGUACUUCAGCUGUUAAUUAUUGCUAAUUUUGAACUGAAAGUGAGAAAAGUUGGUCUUCCUUUUGAGAACGUUAUGCAUCUCCUUAGCUGUGAGCUCACAUGGGCUGGAUUUUGGUUUCGCCAGAGAGUACUGUAAGUCAGCCUGUCAGCUAACUGCGGAUCAUUAUUGCUCAUUGGUUAAUCACAUCUCCCUACAGGCUGGAAAUGCCAAAACAAAAUCCAAUGUUUAAAAAAAAUAAAUAAUUCAACCACUCGGAGGACUACCGCAAAACUUGGAAAGAUAUAGGGGGAUUUUAUUUUAUUUUUUGUUUUAGUAGUAUUUAUAUAAUCGCAUCCCCCUCUUGUAGAAAUUUGAGAUUUAUGUUUAAAGCGAGGUUCUUAAAAGCUGCUAUCGUAGGAGCUGAGCUGUUCAUGGCCUGAACAGGUGGCCGGACUCCGCACUCGGUCCAUUCGGGCUGAGGUUACAGUCGCGGCCUGGAGGUGGCGCUGUGGAGCAGGAGAGCCGAAUAUGGUUUCCGCUUGUCCCUGGGGACAGCGUUGUGCCAGCCUGGCCCUUUCCACUGAAAUGAAAUCCGUUGUUGAGAGGCAGGAGCCACACUCCCGGGACAAGAGACCA